AUGUCUACAGGCUCAAAGAUGAAAAGGGCAAACUCUUCUUUCAAGAUUUUUGCUAAAGUAUGGAAACGUUUAAUACUACUAUUAUGUUUUGUCUUUAUUAUAUUUACAUCGCUAUUUUCUAAUCCCAAUGCUAAUGCUGUUUCUUCAGAAACUAAUAAUUUAAGAAAAUUUAUGUUGCCAAGUUUAAAUUAUUAUAUUUCUUCAUUAAAAGGUUUUGCAUUUAAUUCAAAUAAUGAUGCAGAUAUGCAAGAUUUUAUUUCUGGGUUGUACAGAAAAGUUAUGUACAAUGCUACAUUUGAAUAUUUAGAUAACUAUUAUUUGAAUAAAAAUUUAUUAACGGUUCCACUAGGAAAAAAGAAAGGUAUGAUACUGAAUUCAAUUGACGAAAUAGAUUUUUAUAAUAAUGAUCCAAGAUUGGUUUGGUCUGUAUAUUUUCAUCACUUGACAAAUUUACAUGAUCCUACUUUUGAGAAAAUUCCAUUCUCAUGGUAUGACUUUGCGGAUUUCCAAGAAUUAAAUAAAUUAAUUGCAGUUGAAGAUACUCGCAUUCAAUGUCCAUUUUUAAUGGAUGCUGCAUUUGAAAAAGAAACUCUUUUAAAAGUUGAAAGUGAAUUAGGCGAACCAUUAUUUGAAUCUGAUAGAAAAAAAUAUGAUAUGGUAAAAUGGUAUUCUAGAGCAAGAAAAGGUGUAGAUAUCAAUGCUAUUAAUUCUUCUUCAAAAUAUUGUCGUAAAUUAGAAUCAAAAGAUAUAAAAUCAAAAAGAGCAAAUGGCCUGCCAAAAUUUAGACUGCCUUUCUCUAUUUUUAAUAUUCAUGAUAGAGUCAAACCAGAAGUUUUAAAAUUACAAGCAAGAAAUUAUUUAUUAUCCACUGUCGAGAAUCCUCUAUCAAUCACAUUCCUGGACGGUAGUGAUGCUGCUUAUAGAUUCAAUGUUGAACAAAAAGAACAAAGUAAUAUUAUUCAAUCUGGUUUAUUGAAAAAAUAUUUAGAAUCAAAUAAUCAUUCUGUGGAUCCAACUACUGCACCUAAUCAAGGUCGUACUGAUCAUAUUUUUGAUCAUUAUGAUCAUUAUAAUUCUUUCUUGAAGUCCGACAUCGCUCCAAGGGCAAAGCUUCACAUUGAAGGCGCUGAUUAUGGUCUAUUCGAUAAUGAUACUUUCGAAUUAAAGCAUGAAUAUUUCAGAUUCAAUGCAAAGGAUAAAAUUAAAGAGCUUGAAGAGAAAGCAAAAAGAGAUUCCAAAUUGAAUGUGCAUGAACAGAAUUAUUUAGAAUCUUUAAAAUAUUCCGUUAGAACUCAUCCUUCAUUGAUGAAAAAAUACUUCAAAGAAUCAAGUAAUGUUCAACAAUAUGCUCUGGGUCAUCAUCGUGAUCGUAAAUUUUUUAAUGGUGGUAUCAUUGAUGAUCCAAUGUUAUAUGCUCAAAAGAUGAACUCCAUGAUCAGAACUUUCCAAAAGUUCACAAAGGCAAACGGUUUAGUUUCAUGGCUAUCCCAUGGUACUCUAUAUGGUUAUUUAUACAAUGGAAGAACAUUCCCAUGGGAUAAUGAUUACGAUUUACAAAUGCCAAUCAAACAUUUACAUUUGAUGGCACAACAUUUUAACCAAUCAUUAAUUUUAGAAGAUCCUAGAGAAGGUAAUGGUAAAUACAUGAUUGACGUUGGUAGCUCGAUCACUGUGAGAGUGAAAGGUAAUGCAAAGAAUAACAUUGAUGCUCGUUUUAUCGAUAUCGACUCAGGUAUUUAUAUUGAUUUAACUGGUAUUAGUGUUAGUUCCUCAGUUCCUAGAGAUUACUUAAAUGGUGAUGUGACGGAAAGGUUAAAGCAUAUUGACUGGAGUCAGUAUGUAGCAGAAAAAGAUAUUAAUUUAGAAUACGGGGAAGGGCUUGCUGAUAUGGAUAUUACCCAGUUACAUGAUUAUUCAAUAAAACACCCUAAAAAAUUAUCAAGAGAUCAACGUAAUGAUAUUAAAAAUUAUUAUGAGAAGGAAGAAAAAAUCAAAAAAGGUUCAUCUCCUAUGAAAGACCUUUCGGCUGACGAACGUUACUUAAGAAGUGAAGUUUUAAACAUUUAUUACUGUAGAAAUGAACAUGCAGUAUUCCAUGAUGAUUUAUCUCCUUUGGUGAACACUUACUUCCAUGGUGUGCCUGCCUUAAUUCCUCAUAGAUCUAUAAAUAUUUUAAAAAGAGAAUAUAAAAUACCGUUAGAAAUUGGUUUGCUUAAUUUUAAGGGAAACAAGUAUAUCCCAGAGUUGCGUUCGUGGGUAAAUAAAUUGAUGAUUGAAAAGCUUGUUAAUCAAUUUGGUUGGUAUCCAGAAUUAUUGCACAUUGAUAAAGAAUUAAAAAAUUUCACAGUUGAAAACGUCAAGGUUCUGUAUUUUAACAUGAUGCUUGGUAAAUAUAAUGAUGUCAUUGCUUCCUUGUAUACAUCAUUUGAUAAUGAUGUGUAUAGAACUAAAGAACUGGAAAUAACAAUGGAUACUACCAUCAAAAAUGAUGAUAAAAUUAAGAUACUACAUGCAUUAAGAACUGAAGUGGGAAAAAGAACGCAACAGACUCCUUAUAAAGAUCCUUUCCUAUUUCAAUUACAACGAUCUUUAUAUGAAUCUAUAAUAAGCACUAUGGCUGGGCCACAGGUUCGAGAUUUGAUCAAUGCUGUUGAUAUUAAUGUGAUUCGUGAUAUUUGGAUCAAAUUAGAUAAUGUUCACUCAAGAAAAUUGCCGGAUUUUGAUAUUAAUGUCAACGGAUUAAGUGAAAGUAUUAAUAAUAAGACUAUAAAUGAAUUUGGUUUAGAUGUGUUCAAGAGUAGUUCAAAAAAGGAAGUUUUUGUCACUUUACCUGAUCUGUACUUAAAUUCACCUGAAAAUCCUAAUCCAUUAAUGCCAAAUGCACCACCAAAGAUUGAAGCGCCAGCUGAGGAAGAUUCCUUAGCCAAUAUAGAUAUUCCAGUCAAGGAAGACACUCCAGUCAAGGAAGACACUCCAGUCAAGGAAGACGCUCCUGUCAAAGAGGACGCUCCAGUCAAGGAAGAUGUUCCAGUAAAAGGCUGA